AUGGCCCCUCCAUCAUAUUCUGACUUAGGAAAAGCCGCAAGAGAUGUUUUCAGCAAAGGCUAUAACUGGGGUUUCUUCAAGUUUGAUGCCAAGACAAAAACACAGAACAAUGUAGAAUUCAAAGCAGCCAUCAGCUCCAACAGGGACAGUGGCAAAGUUGCCGGAAAUUUAGAAACCAAAUACAAAUGGUCUGAGUAUGGUUUGACAUUUACUGAAAAGUGGAACACAGAAAAUGUACUCAACACAGAAAUUAAAAUUGAAGAUCAGAUCGCUGAAGGAUUGGAGCUUGCAUUUGAUACAUCAUUCGCUCCACAGACGGGGAAGAAGAGUGGAAAGAUCAAGAGUGCCUACAAAAUUGAUUAUGUCCACCUCAACGCUGAUGUUGACUUUGACUUUGCUGGACCAACUAUCCACGGAGCAGCGGUAUUGGGGUACGAAGGUUGGCUUGCUGGCUACCAGUUGUCUUUUGAUACCUCAAAGUCCAAACUGACCAGCAACAACUUCAGCUUUGGUUACAACGCUGGCGACUUCUCAUUCACAACUCACGUCAAUGACGGACAAGAGUUUGUAGGCUCCAUCCACCAGAAGGUGAGCGACAACCUGGAGGCUGCUGUCAAUCUGGCAUGGGCUGCUGGUACUGGCAAUACAAACUUUGCCAUCGGUGGAAAGUACAAGCUGGACAGUGAUGCAACAUUCAGUGCAAAGGUGAACAACCAGAGUCACAUAGGCCUCGGCUACACCCAGACAUUGAGAGAUGGAGUAAAGCUGACCAUUUCCUCUUUGAUAGAUGGCAAGAACAUCAACCAGGGAGGUCACAAGGUGAGAGAUUACCUGCGUUAA